CGGUUUCCUUCCCCAUCAGUCACGUGGGCCUUGUCCUGUCCCCGGAGCCUUGGGUCACAUGGCUCAUUGUGCCUGCAUUGCCAGGAGCCAGGAGCCAGGAGCAGAGCAGAGCGCCAACAUGAACUUGGGGGUCAGCAUGCUGAGGAUCCUCUUCCUCCUGGAUGUAGGAGGAGCUCAAGUGCUGGCAACAGGCAAGCCCCCUGGGACUGAAAUCGUUUCAGAUUUCAAGUAUGCCCUCAUCGGGACUGCUGUGGGCAUUGUCGUAUCUGCCAGCUUCCUGGCCCUGAAGAUCUGCAUGAUCAGGAGGCACUUAUUUGACAACGACUCUUCUGACCUGAAAAGCACACCUGGAGGCCUCAAUGACACCAUCCCGCUAAAGAAGAGAGCCCCAAGGCGAAACCACAAUUUCUCCGAAAGGAAAUCUUUUGGACUGGGCUGCCUUCUUCAUGUGUGAUGAAAGAUGAGCUGUAUUUCAGAACAAAGUGCUGUGUUGUCAUAAUUUGCCUGACUCCCAGGGCGUCUCUUAUGCAACUUGAUAACGAUGCUGUUCAUUAGCAGCCUUUGUUAACUGAUAACCAAGAGUGGUAAUGUGAUACUCAUAAGCAAUUUUCUGUGUGUAAGAUAAAAUAAACCAUCUUGUAUGGGAUCUGCUAAUUGAUCUGUUUCCUUUAGCAGCAUUUUAAUUAAGACAUCUGGUUUGUGAAUGGUAGAAACACUUGUGAACUGAAGGUGAAUGCUCCUGGACUCUCAGCCAUCAUUUUACCUUCUGUACACACAGCAAAACCUUGGUGCUCUCUCCCUGACCCUACCUCAUGACGUAUUUUCCUAACACCACCACUGCACUCUGGUUUUGUUUUAGCCCCACACAAGGUUUCCCAAGUGAAGAACAGAGAGAAUUAUGCUGAAGGCCAGUGUCCUCUCCUUGGGUCAUAAAGGCUGACAUCAUCUGGGAGGCCAAUGGGCAGGAGGCCCUGACACUGAGGUCUCCCUGGCUUACACUCCAAACCCAAGCUCGAUAUCUUCCUUCUAGAUGUCCUUCUAGUCCUAUUGGAAGCUCUCUGAAGCCCCCCUCGACAGCUCUUCUCCAUAAGAGCAGCUCCUGGGGACACAGGGUCCUAUGGGCAGUAGCUCUUGGAAGUGACUGAAAGGAGUCCUAACAAGCCAUUGGGUCUGCAGUGUAGCUUCUUGAGUCAGGGCCAUUCCAGCGUGGUUGCCUCACCCUGUGGUUUGACAGUAGGCUAGCAGAGGCCAGAGUCUGGGCUAAGCCCCAUCCUCCCAGCUUUGUAAGUUCUGGGACCCCAGGACACAUACAGCUUCCCCCACCACAGCCCACCACAGCAUGGAGAACAUCAGACCCAAAUGGAAGGGGACACAUGGUUCUCAGAUGUCAGGAGGAAGAGUCAUCCUGCACAGGGAAGCAGGUUGCACAUGGCUGCAGCCAGCCAGGAUCUAAUGAAGUGGCAGUGGUUUGAGGCCUCCAGGAUUCAGUACGGGAAGGAGGGGAAGGUGAGAUGGGAGAUGGUUAACUGGCAAGGUCAACAAAUUAAAAAUCAUCUAUAUAUGUAUCAGUCUAUAUAUAUUUGUAAAUUAAGCAUGUUUACAUUGAAUCUCUACAAAUUAAUACAUAAACAAUUAAAUAUGUGUAUG